CUCUUCCCCUAACCUAUUGCAGUUUUCCUAACCCUAAACACAGCAGCGCCGUUCAUGUUCCUCUUCAUCUGAUUUUUGGUCUCCGAUUGCUAAAAAAAGGAUUGUGAAAGUGAUUUUGGUUGGGAAGGAUGUCAUCAAAAUACCCGAUUCUUGACAAUCGGCCAAUAGAUAACUGGAAAGUUACAGAGCUGAAGGAAGAGCUUAAGAAACGGAAAUUGGCAACGAAAGGUUUGAAGGAUGAUUUGAUAAAACGCUUAGAUGAGGCUCUUAGAACUGAGAGGGAAAAUAAUGAGCAAGAUGUGAUCACUGGUCUUGAUUUGGAUAAUCAGCCUGAGCCAAUUGUUUCUGAAGAAGGUCAAGUUGUUUCUGACGAUUCACCUAUACAAAUUGAGGAUGUGAGUGCUGACCAUGUUGAUAUUAAUGAUAGUGCUGAAGCCAUAGGCCAAGAACCUAAGGAAAAUGUCUCAGUUAGUGAUAAUGAUUCUUCUAAGGUUGGAGGGGAGCCUGCUGCUACUUUUGAGGCUAGCAUUGAAGUGUCUAAGAAUGUGGCAUCUGAAGUAAUAUUGGUUGGGCAGGAUGCAAAAAGUUUUGGAAUAGAGGAAGAGAAUGGGGACUCCAAGAGCCAGCCGGACAACGAGGGUUCCAUGCCUCAGCCGGACAACGAGGGUUCCAUGCCUCCACACGAGGAUGUAUUGCAUGGCUCUUCUACUCCAAACAAACAGGUAUCCGAGGUCAGUCCUAAUUUAGGGUUUCAAGUAAAAUCUGAUUCUAUUUCUACUGAUUCUGUGUCAAUUAAUGAAAAGACUGAACUAAAGGAUAAUAUAAUUACUGACAAUGUCAAACUAGAACUAGAUGUUAAUCCAGAAAUGGUGGAGGCAUCAUCCAACAAUAUGCCCCAUGUUGGUGGCGAAUCACAUCCAAUGGAUGUUGAAGAGCCACUAGACGACAAGGCAUCGGUUGAAGAGAAAGAUGAUAUCAAUGCUGCAAGUGCAGAUGUAAGCAAGAAAAAUGAUAUUGUAGAUGUGGGGGAGUCUGAAAAGUUAAAUUUAGACAGAAGUUCUGGUGAUGACUCUAUGGAGGAAGAUGUUUUGGAGAGUAAGCAAAUUGACCCAAAGUACCACACUGAUGAUGUGGGAGAUAAAAGUGAGAAAAGAACUGAAAUACAUGUUGUGAAAGAGGAAAAUCUUGUUGAUGUUGUGGGGAAUCACUCGUCUAUUGAUGAAAAGGACAUGCAUGUUGAACAGAAAUCUCGUCCAGCUGUUAUUGCUGAGAAAAGAAAGCUUAAUGAUCAAGAUGCUGUUGGGAGCAGUGAGCCUUUGAAGAGGCAAAGGAGAUGGAAUUCUGAUAGUGUUAAGGUGUCUGAACCACAAAGCUCGAUUCCUGCUCCUACUGCCACACCUACAUUUCCAAGACGCACCUUCUCCCGGUCUGACUCUUCAGUUAGCAACGGGGAUACUCCAAAAGAACGUAUUGUUCCAACAUCGCAUAGGCCUGCAACAAACUCCCUCAGAAUUGAUAACUUUCUGCGUCCUUUUACCCUGAAAGCUGUCCAAGAACUGCUUGGAAAAAAUGGCAGUGUCACCAGUUUCUGGAUGGACCAGAUCAAAACCCAUUGCUAUGUUAGUUACUCAUCUGUGGAACAAGCCUCCGCGACCCGAAAUGCUGUGUAUAACCUUCAAUGGCCUCCAAAUGGUGGGAAAAAUUUAGCGGCCGAGUUUGUUGAUCCCCAGGAAGUGAAAUUGAAAUUGGAAGUUCCUCAGUCUCCGGCUGCACCACUGACUACCGGUGCUUUAGCUUCUCCAUCUUUGCAAACUCAGCCCUCUCCACGUCUGCAACUUUCUAGACAGCAACUUCCACCCCCACCUCCCCUCCCACCACCACCACCACUAUCUAACCCUCCCCCGGCAAAGGAAAGGCUUGGUCAUCUACCACCACCACCUCCACUUUCAGAGAAACAUGACCCGCCUAUUGUUACUCUGGAUGACCUCUUUCGGAAAACUAGAGCAACUCCUAGAAUCUAUUACCUUCCAUUGUCGGAAGAACAAGUUGCAGUGAAGCUUGCAGAAUGGGGCAAAAAUGUGAAGCAGUAGGGGACUGUCAGGCUAAUAUUUCCUUUGCGGCUGCUCUUAAGAUUUUUGUUAUGGUGGUCAGUAUGUUAGAUAAUGGUUAGAUAGUAUCACAUAAUUGCGUCUUUGCAGGUCUGCAGGUGUUGCUUGUGGAGGGAUAUGUUCCAGCCAAGCAAAGGGAAAUGGUUCGAUGAAUUUGGUUUUUCCGAGGACCGCCUUAUGUUGAGGGCUCCUUAAGUUUUUUCGCUCUUUUUUUUUUUGGUUUAGUGGUAGAAACAUUUGAACAGAGAGCUGUCUUGUUGUGUAUGAGCAGAUACAUUCUUCACCCGACUUAUGAGCCUUUCUGUUGAACAAGAACUAAUUUGCUCAUUAUGUUUUCAUGUUUUUAUUGGUAACAACUUAACGUGUAGUCUGACUUUCUUGUCA